AGAUAGUAUGCUGCAUACGUUGGCAGUGCAGUAGGCAGCAUUCUGCUAAGGCGAAAAAAAUAUUUUUUACGGUUCGCUAUUUCGAUAUGUAAAAACGAAUGGAGAGCGCAUUGCUGCCAUUACUCUUUCUUUCCUCUUUGACAAUCGGUAGUACUCAGAAUGAAGUGUCCUUGUAUGGAGAUAGUUCUAUUAAUCUACCACUGCAAAGUAGUAGUGAAAAUAGCAAAUUACACAUGUCGUUCAGAACAAGAAGAAGAAACUGUGUUUUAUUCAUAGCGGCAGGUAAAAAGGAUUACUUGAUCCUAUCACUAAAAAAUGGUCGACUUAAUAUACAAAUUGAGAUGGGAGGAGGAGAGACAACAUUCACUAGCAAUCCGCAAGUCAAAUUAAAUGAUCUUCAAUGGCAAGAUAUAACUCUCAGUAGAUCCAAAACGGAUGUUCAUUUGACUAUUUCCAAAGUACAAACGGCAAAUUUUGUUACCAAAGGCGAAUUCUUUAAACUGGAUAUAGACAAGGGUGUAUUUCUGGGUAAUACAAUUCAUCAUAUGCCAUCCAUUACUAGUGGAGCUUAUCGAGGAUGUUUUAGGAAUAUAGUAUUUAACGAUGUUGAAAUUUUAAAGGAAUCUAACAGAUCAUCCCAUUCACUUAUUGGCGUAAGUUGGGAAUGCUCUCCAGAAUUACUGGCGAAUAGUCGGACACCUAUUAGCUUCAUGCAAAAUGCAUCAUUCUUAGCUUUGCCCUAUAAUGCAAACAGAAAGACUCUAAAAUUGAACUUUGUUCUAAAAACAAGAUCGGGGGAAGCUAUUUUAUUUUAUAUGGCUGAGAAAUCUCAAUACAAACUUGGAGAUUUAGCAGUUUUAGAAUUGAAGUGAGUGAUUUAGAAAUAAUAUUUAUUAAAUUCAAUCAAUGUGCUAAAAGUAGACAGGAAAAGAAAAAGUAUCGUUAAAACUCUCGUACUAGUCUUUUUAAAAUUACAUAAGCAAUAUUAUAAGUUAUAUAUAGCUAAUAAAAGAAGACUAUUCUCUACUGGUUUUUUUAAUGAAAAGGUUACUCGGUAUUAAUUACGUCUUCUCUCGACUCUUCUUUUAUCAAUAAAAUUUAUUUACGUUACUCUAAAUAAGGAAUAGUAGAAAAGAUUAUCAGAGGACUUGUUUGCUGUCUUUCUCAAGCUUCGUCCGAUUGAAAGAAAAAGCUAAGCUAGCUUUCUUCAUAUACCAAAUUUAUCAAUAUCUCAUUUUCACUUUAUAAAAGGGAGACAUGGUUGAUAAAAUACAAAUAAUUAUUCACAAUUUUUCACAUUGCUAUGUAUGCCUUCCUUAUUCAGUUGACAAGUCACGUUGAUUUUAGCAGACAGCUGUGUAACUAGCAUAUUUAAAAGAUACUUUGAUUAGUUUGCCAUGACAAACUUCACGAUAAAAAAGUGAUGAUUUAUUAGGGUAAACAAAGCUAAGAGUUUGCGAGAAACCGUUUUAGUCCAACAUUGUACUUCUACAUUUUUCUAAUUCACUCAUUAGCAAUGGAAAAUUAAACCUAACUGUAAAUAAGGGGCAUGGAACAAUAUAUGUAUUAUCCGAGGAGAAAAUAAAUGAUGGAAGGGCUCAUAAUAUCAUGAUUGCUGUAAUGGCUGACUCAGUCGAAUUGAAUGUAGAUGGGAAAGAGAUGAAACGUCGUGCUAAGUUUAUGUACAAUAAAUUCCUAGAUAUAGAUGAAAAGGUUCUAUACAUCGGAGGGUUAUCGUUAUCAGCCCGAUCAGAUGCUAUCAGAAUAAAUCUGUUAUCAAUAAGGGAACCCAAUUCUCAAUAUGGCUCGAUGACAGGAUGCAUCAGCAACCUAUACAUAAAUGGCUUGAGAAUGGGUUUUGCGGAGGCGGUAACAUCUAGAUUUCUAAGGCCAGAGUGUAUUUGGACUUACGCAUGCGCUGAUAAACCCUGCAGUUUGGGAAAAGUUUGUAAGGAAAUAUCAUACUACGAUUACAUGUGCGUUUGUGAGAAUGAUAGGCCUUGUGACUCUGAAAAUAACAAACCUACAUUUCUUCCUAAGCAAUUGAUACAAACGCAAACAGUUAAUGUAAGAGAGGGAGAGAGAACUGUACUUACUCCAAACCACAUUUCACUUUCUUUUGACCCAAAAAUGCUUGGUUUAAAUUUGGAAAAUAUUAUUUAUAGAAUUAUCACGGCAGCCAGAUACGGUAGAAUAAACGUUGAUAUCCAACCUGGAAUUUUAUCUCUUAAGAAUGACUAUGCUUUCACUGCUGAGGAGUUGAAAGAUUCAAAAGUCACUUACAUACAUAAUGGGUCAGAAAAUAGAGCGGACAGUAUAGAUUUUUCGGCAGAAUUUAAAACUCAUUCACCCAUGAACCUUCCUCUCCGCUUGAAAAAGCCGUAUUACUUCACUCUUAACGUUCAUAUUACCCCGGGAAAUGAUCCACCAAAAAUUAUCAUUACUUCAUCUAUUAAAAUGAUAAGAUUCACAAAGAUUAUUUUGACAAAAGAUUUAAUGAGGGCAGCUGAUAAUGAUAACCCACCGUCGUCACUUAUUUGGAGGGUUAAGAAUAAGACGCCAUACAGUGGUUUCUUUGAAUUAAACGAAAGGAGUACAGAUACAUUUACUCAGGCCGAUAUUAAUGCCGGUAGAGUAACUUAUUCACACCGAGGUGAGAAAAAAGUAUAUAUCAGUGUUCAAGUGUCAGAUGGUCAGCAAUCUACUACAUCAACUUUGAAGAUAGAAGCUCUGCCACUAAAAUUAACAUCCGAAAAUAAUACCGGCUUAUAUUGCUACUCUGGUGAUAUUUUGGCAAUAACAUCUCAAAAUCUCUCGUUUACGACAAAUGUGGUCGGUCAGCAUUUUGAUAUUGAAUACGUAAUUUUCGACGCACCACUUUAUGGACACGUCGAGAAGAGAGAAGACGAUACUUGGAGAGCUACUUCCCACUUUAAGCAAAGCGAUAUAGAUAAUGGAUUAAUACGGUAUAAGCACGAUAUAAAAUAUCCUGCUCCUAAGAAGGACUCUUUUAAAUACUACACGAAGCUGUUGAAAGUGGAAAGCACUGAGUAUAACUUCUUUAUUCAUAUUGAGUCUAUUGUUUUAAAGCUUAAAACGAAAUCUCUCGAUCUACGUGCUGUUGGUUCAAUAGUAUUAACAAACAAACAUAUAAAAGCUGUCAGUAGCGUUUUACAACAUAAGCCUAGUGAUUUAAAAUUUUCGUUAAUCAAGCCACCGAAAAGAGGCUUUUUAACGCUAGACAACGCUAAAUUAGAUCAGAAUUCCUCAUGGACACAGCAGGACCUUAACGAUGGAGCCGUUGAAUAUCGUCUAAACAACGCUUUAUUUAAGGAGCAAAAAGAUGAAUUCGAGAUAAAAGCCUUCGUAGAUAGAAAUUCCAGCUCUGUACACAAGCUGAAAAUUGCCUAUAGGCCUAUUGAGAAAGGUGUUAAGUAUGUAAACACUGGAUUAAGAAAUGUAAAUGAAGGUGGAAGAGGGAAUAUAACAAUAAAAGAAUUAAGUUUAAUGACUAUCGAUACAAAAAAAUUUGUCUAUUCCCUUGUCGAACCUCCAAUGCAUGGAAGGCUAUACCUAGUUGGAAGCGAGGAUUACUACUCUAAAUCUUUUACGACGGAUGAUCUAAUAAAGAAGAAGCUUUAUUAUGAACACGACGAUAGUGAAAAUGAGAUCGACGAAUUUAAAUUUAGAGCCACUCCUCUUCAAUCUGAGAAAGAACCUAGACGAACCAAAAUUAGUAACUUCACUGAUACAUUUAUCAUUAGAAUGAAAAUGAAAAACGACGAGAAGCCUCUCAGAACAAAAUCAAAAAUUCUUCAUGUAGUUCAAAAUUCUAGUAGAAUAUUAACACCUGAAAUACUCACUUAUGAAGAUGCAGAUCUGCACACAGAUAAUACUCAACUGCAAUACUCUAUCAAUAAGAAUGAUUCAGCAAUUGGUUAUCUGAUCAGAUCAUUCGACAAAACUAAAGUAUACGCCUUUACGCAAGAUGAUGUUAAUAAAGGACGAAUAGCAUUUGUACACACUGGAAGUUUUUCGACUGGUAGAUUGGUUUACACAGUGACAGAUGGCCAAUCUUAUACGAAGGGCGCUAUUGACAUAGAAGCCUCAAAAGCUUUAAUCAAAAUAGAUAAUAAUACUGGUUUAGCUGUUUUCAAGGGUCAAAAAAUAAUAAUUACAAAUUAUAAUUUGAGUGUUACUGGUAAUUUUGAUCUCAACUAUUCAGCUGUCUAUUUUAGAAUAGAGAGACGACCUGAUCAUGGUAGAAUUCUUAAAUUAAAUGAGCAUACAGGGAAGUUUACUUUUGCAGAUAUUCAAAAUCGUUUAGUAUCUUACAAGCAUUAUGGAAAAAAUCUAAAAGAAGAUUCUUUUGAUUUUGCAAUUUACUCAGGAAAACUAAUGGCUAAAGGAACAUGCGAAAUUCGUGUUUUUUUAAAUGUUGAGCAAAUGCCACCAAGAAUUAUUGCCUUAAAAUCCCUAAGGGUUUACGAACAGGGGAGUAAAAUAAUAACAAGAGAUAUCCUAGAGAUUCAACAUUCUCAAACAUUACCUAAUGAAAUACGCUAUAGAGUUGAAGUUCAUCCUAGACACGGCAGGUUAUUACUCAAACGCGGUCGGAGAGGUGCUAGACAUAAUCCAAAAACUUUCACUCAGCAGGACAUAAAUGAUGAACUAGUACUUUACGAACACAGACGGAAAGGCAGCAAUAAGGAUUCUUUACGAUUUAGGGUCAGUAAUGGAAUACGAGCAAUUAAUACUGAACUUAUAAUCAACAUCGAACAAAUGUUAAUACCUUUUGAGCCUUCUAGAGUCUUACAAGUCCAGGAAGGAAGUUAUACUGAAUUAACAAGCGAUCUAUUUAAGACAGAUUCUCUAAUUGAUUUGGAUUUUGUAGUAGUUCGACAACCAAUUCACGGUAAAAUAUAUUAUCUUGGUAAGCGAGACAUCAAAAUAUAUCAAUUCAACUGGAAUGAUAUUCAAAGAAACGAUAUAUCAUAUUUACAUGAUCACUCCGAUACUAUAAAAGAUAAUUUUACCUUGUUGGUUAAAAGAAGCAGGAAGAAUGUUCAAACGUCCGAUCCCACAAUCUUUCAUGUCGAAAUAAAGAGCUUGAAUGACAAAAGGCCUCAACUGAAUGUAAAAACUAUUAAAUUUUGGCAUUUUAGAAAAACAGUAAUUGGAAAACGUCAUAUCCACGUUAGAGAUAAAGAUACUAAGCCAAAAUUUCUAACAAUAUUUAUUCUGGAUGGAUCAGACGACUGUUGGUUUGCGUACAAAUUUCAACCAAAUGUAAGAUUAAGUAAUUUUACUCAACAUCAGAUUAACAAGGGUCAAAUUAUUUAUGUUCAUGAAAGUACAAGUUCCUCGGCUAGCUUUACCCUAAUAGCAGCUGACGGAAAGCAUAGAACUCAGAGAAAAACACUAAAGGUCAAGGUUAAAAAAUUAGAAUUAACAUUACAAGUUAAUGAAGUGAUAUUGGCCUUCCCCCUUGUUAAAACGAUCUUAAGCAGUAAAGAUCAUCUAAAGACCAUUACAAACGAUAUCGAUAAUGCAAGAAAUAUAACGUACAACAUUCAAUCAAAGUUCAAACACGGACGACUUGUAAAUCUACAGGAUCAGGAGGUAACAUCUUUCCAACAAUAUGACAUAGACAUGGGGAAUAUAGCUUAUAAGCAUACAGACGCCGUAAGAACAAUGGACAGAGAUGAGGCCAAAAUGGAUAUAAGUACCCCAUUUGCUCAAGAUUUGGCUCAUACGCCAAUAUCUGUUCGAAUAUCCUACAACUUUUUGACAAAUCAGAAUCAAGCCGAAUUAAUAAAAAUUAAACCAAUAAUAAUUAGUGAAGGUGAAUCAUUUGUCUUAAAAGAUCACUUCGAUGAUACCAUGCUGGUUAAAAAGAUUUCCGAUCCAACUUCUAUAAUGUAUGGAAUAAAAAGUAAACCAUUUCAUGGAGUUUUAACAAAGAAUAAUAGAAAUAUCUCAACUAAAAGUUCAUUUUCCAGAGACGAUUUAUUAUCUGGGCGGGUAAAAUAUAUUCACGACGAUUCUGAUACUACAAAAGAUAACUUCACUUUAGUCUUGACAGCAGAUUAUAAAAAAAUUAGUUACAACACAAAAGGAUUAGGAAUAGUUAUUCAUAUAGACAUCAAACCUAUCAAUGAUGAACCAUGGAUUCUCUUAAAUACUAAUCCUGAAAUACACGUAAUUCUUGGUUUUACUUCAGUUGUUAAUCAAUCAACUUUUAACAUAAAAGACCCUGAUACUGAAAGUGAUCAAAUCAUAUAUACAGUAACUGAGAGACCUGAUAAUGGCUAUCUCGCCUUCGAGAAUUCUCUAGAUAAAGAGGAACUUACUUGGACACAGAGAGAUAUUAAUAGUCAAAGAUUAAUAUUUGUUCAAAAUGGUCGCCCUAAAACAGCAGCUUUGCAAGUUCGGGUAUCGGAUGGUGGAGUACAUAGACACGCUGACCAUAUUGCGUGCAUAAUUACUGUUCAUCCAUUAACGUUAUCGAUAAAUCCUCGAAAUUUAAACAACGUAAAAAUUUUGCAAGGCAGAUCAGCCAUUGUUAUCACCAAAGAUAAUAUUUUACCAAAGACGAAUGGAAUUGCCAAUAUAGUUCAGUAUAACGUAACAAAACCCCCGAAAUACGGAAAAUUAUAUUUAAGAAAUACACCUGUAUCAUCGUUCUCUCAAUGGGAUGUAAACAGAAAUCUUUUAAUGUACGUUCAAACAAACUUGUCAUCAGGGAACGAUUCAUUCAUAUUCGACGCUUAUGAUGAAUAUAACGAAAUAGCCGGUAAUGUUUUGAAAAUAUCGAUUAUAUCUCAAAUCACCGUAAAGGACUUCCAAGCCGUUUCUAAUCAGCAAAUGCCUAUAACUCUUGCUCAUUUAAACGCUGCUAACCUGGCAAGUUUAACUAACGAUGAUCCUCUCUUUCGUAUUAUCAGUCGACCCCGAAUAGGCUCAUUAAGAAUGAGGGGAAGCCCAGAAUCCGUAUCAAAAUUUAAACAACAAGAUCUUGUAGAGGAGAAAAUAUUUUUCGAAUCUUACACGGUUUACGAUCUAGAGAAAGAUAGUUUCAUUUACGAAGUUUCUGCAAGAUACGCUCAACCGGUUAGAGGUAUUUUUAACAUUACCAUCUUACCAACUGCUCCAACAACUGCAAAAGCCCAUUUAAGCACUCUGUCUACAGAGAGAGACCAAAAAACUGACAGUAAAAUUAGACCCACGCCCAGGGAAAAAACAGAUAGUGAAGAAGAGUCUGACUCUGUUAGUCAGGGACAUUUAUUAAUUGUUAUAAUUGUUUGUGCGGUAGCCUUGGUUACUAUAUUAACAUUUGUAAUAAUUAAAUGUGUAAAGAUGCGAAAGAAGCAAAAACAAAAUCAAGUUCCAACUAGAAAAGAAAGUGCAAGUAUGCUAAAGAAAGAGGAGUGUAGCCAAAAAACGGAAAGCGACUGGCAAAAGGUUGAUGCUGAGUUGUUGCAGCAUUGCAGAACUACUAACCCUGUUUUGCAUACGAACAAGUAUUGGGUCUAGCUUUAUUGUAUGGUGCUAUAUAGUUUUCAUUAAAAAAAACUAUACAUUUAUAGAGUAUACUUGUGUAUAUACGGUACGUCUAGGAUUUCAUCGAUUGGUAUGUUAUAAAUCAUAACUUUAUUCUAUUGGCCAUAUUAUUAUUUUUACAUGAUAAUGAUUGUAUGUAUUAAAUUUUUUUAAUGUUUUAUUCAUAGUAAUAAUGGUACCAAUAAAUUUUCAAAAAUACACAAUUGAUAGUAUUGAAU